CCUUAGAAGGAAAGCCCGUCAGACUGUAAACUGGGGAGCUUUUUUUACGUUUUGAGUGGCAGCAAAUCUUCAGUUCAUAAAAGUCAGACACCAAAACACAGUUUUCUGCUUAGUGAGCUGCGAUGCAGGAGAAUAUCUGACUGUAGGGGCGCGUUCGCCUGUUGAUUGUCGGAAUAAUCUCCAUAAGUCUUUAUACGAUAAAGGGACGGAGGUGGUGCCGGGGAGAGGUGGCCGCUGCGAGAGGCGGUGGAGGCGGGGAGGUGCGCAGCGCAGUUCGCGGCGGAUGACCGGACAGGGGCAUGGAGAUGUUGCGCCGCUCUUCUGUGUUUGCGGCUGAAGUGUUUGACCGCUCGCCCACCGACAAGGAGCUGGUGUCCCAGGCCAAAGCACUGUGCAGAGACUACAUCCACUCCAGGCUGAACCGUGCCGGGAUAGGCUGGUCUAAACCUGAGCAUGGACUGGCUGCAUCAGGUGGGGCUCUGGGAGAGAUAUCAUCGGUGCUGCUGUGGCUGGGUGACGAGCUGGAGUACCUUCGACCCAACGUUUACCGCAACGUAGCGCGACAGCUCAACAUCACCGUGGCGUCAGAGAGCAUUGUGUCUGAUGCUUUCCUGGCUGUGGCUGCAGACAUUUUCUCCACAGGUGUGACGUGGGGGAAGGUGGUGUCUUUGUACGCCGUGGCAGGAGCCUUGGCGGUGGACUGUGUUCGCCACGGUCAUCCAGCUAUGGUCCAUACCAUUGUCGACUGCAUGGGGGAGUUUGUCCGCAAAAGCCUGACCUCCUGGUUGAAGAGGAGAGGUGGCUGGGUGGAUGUAACAAAGUGCGUGGUGAACACUGAUCCCAGCUUCCGCUCUCACUGGCUGGUGUGUGCCGUCUGUGCCUUUGGACACUACGUGAAGGCCAUUGUGUUAUACCUCUUCAGGGAGAAGUGAGAGACAGAGUCAUACACUGGAUUCUGAGCAGAGUGACCAGCACUGUCCACCACCACCACCACCAUGUCUUUACGAAAGCAUCUCCUGCUUUGGAUCAUGUUUACACUCAUUUGCACUGAACCUUCAUGGACGAACACAUUCUCCCAUCACAGAAAACAGACUCUCUGUGCUUCUUCUGCUUCCUGUGCUAGAUUUUCUAUUUAUUGUUCAUGUUUAUUUUAAGGCACACAUUUGACGUAAAUGUAUAAAAUCACCCUCUGUUUGUAGCGCUUAAUUUUUCCACAAACAGCAGAACUGGUCCUUUUGUUGUCUGUUUGGGAGAUGCUUGGCUCCCCCUAGUGGUUAAAAAUUUUUAACUACUUUAAAGGGUAACCAGUAUUUUUCAACCUGGACUCUUUUUCCAUGUUUUGUGUCUGGGCACUCUUGGUCAAAAUUCAGUUUACUGUAAAUAUUUAAGGAAAAGGUGAUCUCCAAAAGGCUUGAAGUUAAAGAUGACACAUGCUUCUCAACAUUUUAAGCAAGAUCAGUGUAUUAUUUUGGUUUUGUACAAUUUUAGAGUGAAAAAAAAGGAAAGCAACACCUUAAAAAAUGUGGUCACCCCAACACAUUUAAGCUCUCAGACAACUUUUACCACAGUCUCAGACCUUAAUUAGCUUGUUAGAGCUCUGGCUUGUUCACAGUCAUCGUUAGGAAAAUUCAAAGCUUUCUAAAUACUCUGACUCCUGAAACCUUGUCCCAGCAGUCAGCAGCCAUGGGCUCCUCUAAACUAGCACUCUGAAAACUAAAAUAACUGAUGCCCACAAAGCAGGAGAAGACUAUAAACUUUUGCAUGCCACUGUAAAUGGAGUCCGGUGGGUUUCUGGUUAAACAAAGAGGAUCUUACUCUUUAGUAAAAAGGUCUAUCACCUGUCGGGAUCCUUUCCAUAAUGCAGUCAGAAGCAUACAUUGACGGUGUGUGAUUGCCCCUUAGUGUUAUAUUGCAGCCUGUUUUGCCGCUGGUCUUGCUCAAUACGGGACCCAUUUCAAAAACUGUUGUCUCCAUUUUUCUUUCAUAGACACAAAAACAUGGGAAAAUAGGGUCCAGGUUGAAAAAAUACAGAAGUUACCCUUUAAUUAUUUCAUAUAUGUAUUGGAUCCUGGGAAGUCAGGAAUGUCCGUACUUGCAAAUCUUUUUUUCCCCUAAUGCCGUUAUCUUGAGGUCGCAAGUUAAUUAUUUUUUUUAUCUUAAGAUAAUCAAGAUAGUAAUGAACAAGAUAAUGAACCUGUUACGAUGAGAAAACAAAAGGUUGUUUCCUCGUAUUACUUCUCUUUAUCUGAGCUCAGGAGUGCCACGCCAGCAUGCGUAGGUGGCGUCUUGACAACCAUAGCAACUGAUUCAAGAUGACAAAGGUCAGAUCAAGGAGAAGCCGUUAUUGAUCAACGCAUCAGAGCUGUAUAACAGAUCAGUCCUCAUCAUUUAAGGAGAAGACUGGCUGACUGAAAUCAGGUGUGAUCAAAUGAACCAGACACUCAUUUUUGAGUUCUUCGUAAUUAUCCUGCGUUCGAAAAAAAUUCAUUCUGUUUCAGCUUUUUGUUUUCUUGAGAAGUGACAUAAAUUAACGCGUUAUCUUAAGAUAAUGUCAAAAGAAAACGAAAGAAUACGGCCAUUCUUGGCUUCUGUACAUUUAUUAGGAAGUGGUUUUACAAAAAUCUCACAUAUACAGCCCGACAGACAAGUGCAUGCGAGAUAAAUGUAAAAUACGACAUGUUUUCCUUUAAUUAAGGGACUGUAUGAAAAAAAAAUGUUGACGGGAUGGUCGUCCCAUCAAAAUGUGUCAUAAAAAGUCAUCCUGUAAUAUAACUCGGAAUCAGAUUCCAACUUGUUUACACGAAUUGGUGAAGUGAAAUGAUUCAUUUCAACUGGGUGACUUAUUAAUGUUUAAAAUGGAGGUACGCCAUCUUGGUUUGUUUAUGUUUAUUUUCCUCCCUUAGGUAUUAAUAGGGAAACAAGUUGUGUGUGUGUGUUGAAAAAUUUGGGGGAAAGUGUUACAAAUUUUUUUCUGAGUCAAAAGAAGACAAAAGAAAAUGUUAAUAAUUUUAAUACAGUCAUACAGUUUUUCAUACAGUCCCUAACAAGUCUGAUGAAUUGAGCAUUAUACAUGUAAUGCAACUUGUUCCUCUUCUCUUCAUUGUUCACUGUGAGGCCGUGUGUGAUAUAGCUGUACUGCAAUUCCAGUAAUGCAAGUUACAGUGUAUUUUCUUAGAGCACUUUGAUAACAUUUCAUUUUGUGCGUAGAAUUUAUUCCAUGAAUAAUUUCACUUUUAUAUGACAUGUAGCACUAGGAGUCCUAGAAAGUUUGAGAGUCAUCUGCAUUUGUGAAUAUUAAGAAUAAUAAAUGGUUCUUACAACAA